AUGGCAGAUUUUGCGAAAUCCAUAUUUGGGUUCAGCGGUUUCCAUAAGAAAGACAACCAGACGAACUGUCUGUCGAAUGAAGCAUCCAAGGAAAACCAACGCCCAUACCAACAGCUUCCAUCGCAAUACCCGGAGCAAGCACAACCCUUAAGUCAGCAUACUACUGGUCAGUCGCAAUUUUCUGAUAUGGCCAGUCAUCACCCUAGCGAUUCGAUUACGUCGGCCAAUAAGAAGUUUUUGCCCAAAGGUUUAGCUGCCGUCACACCCACGACAGCUAUUUCAAACCAAUCGAUGGCGUACGGCACAACCACAAAAAACGACAAUAAUACUACCAGCGAAGCAUUUUUGAACCAAACAUUCAAGAAUCGGAAUAACAAUUCCAAUUCUAACGUAAACCAAGACACUUACAUGGCAUCUCAAUCGACUAAUAGGGGCAACCAUCAACAACAAUCGCAGCAUGCUUCUACCGCUGCAAGUAUGAACGAUGAUAUCAGUAUCAACUCUGAACAAUAUUCUAAGCAACCCGUCAUUAUCACUACCGAUGAGACUGGUCAAAACCAACAACCUCAAUCUAAAAGCGGUAGUCAGCCUAAGGGUAGAUUGAAGGUUUUAAUUAUUGAGGCCAAGGAUUUAUUAAUAAACUCAAAUAAUUCGCAGCCCUAUGUUGUAUGUACUUUCGAAAGUUCUGAGUUUGUUACAAAUGCCCCUGGAUCAUUUGGUAAAUCUUCAGGUUAUCCCUCAAAUCAAAACAAAAUCCAACAAUUAGGGGGGGUUCCGAUGGUGAAGUUUUCGGACAAAAACGAAAAAAAUAGACCUGCAUUAUAUCAAAGACAAUCAUCAACUCAGCAUCUUAAUUUAAAGAAUUUUAAAAUUGGCUCUACAAAUCCAAUUUGGAAUCACGAAGCAAUAUUUGAUGUAGUCGGAUCAAAAUCGGAAUUGGAUAUUUCUGUGUAUGAUGCAGCCAGUGAUGAUUCGUUUUUAGGACAUGUUAGAGUAUUUCCUUCUACUAACAGUUCGACGUCGAAUAAGCAAAAUAAUGCAGAAUGGUUAGAAUUGAAAACAAGGAUUGUUGGUGAAAGAGUUUCGGGUUCAAUCAGAGUUAACUGGGAGUAUAGCUCUUUGGGAAAGAAACCUUAUGGACCAGGUGAUUUUGAAGUUUUGAGAUUAUUAGGUAAGGGGACUUUUGGUCAAGUUUACCAAGUCAGAAAGAAUGAUACGGACAGAAUUUAUGCCAUGAAAGUUUUGUCCAAGAAAGUUAUUGUUAAGAAGAAGGAAAUUGCACAUACUAUUGGAGAAAGAAAUAUAUUAGUUAGAACGUCGACGGCAGCCUCUCCUUUCGUCGUUGGAUUAAAAUUUUCAUUCCAGACACCUGCCGAUUUAUACUUGGUUACUGAUUAUAUGUCUGGUGGAGAAUUGUUUUGGCACUUACAGAAAGAAGGAAGGUUCGCCGAAGAUAGAGCUAAGUUCUAUAUUGCCGAAUUGGUUUUGGCUUUGGAGCAUUUACAUGAUAAUGAUAUUGUGUAUCGUGACUUGAAACCAGAGAAUAUUUUACUAGAUGCAAAUGGGCACAUCGCGUUAUGUGAUUUUGGAUUAUCAAAGGCCAAUUUAAAUAACGAUGGUACCACCAAUACUUUCUGCGGCACAACGGAAUACUUAGCCCCAGAAGUUUUACUCGAUGAAUCUGGAUAUACGAAAAUGGUUGAUUUCUGGUCCUUAGGUGUUUUGAUUUUUGAAAUGUGUUGCGGUUGGUCGCCAUUUUAUGCUGAGAAUACUCAGCAAAUGUACAAGAAUAUUGCAUUUGGUAAAGUGAGAUUUCCUAAAGAAGUAUUGAGUAUUGAGGGGCGUUCUUUUGUCAAGGGAUUAUUAAACAGAAACCCCAAACAUAGAUUAGGAUCCGCUAACGAUGCAAGAGAAUUGAGGGCUCAUCAAUUCUUUCAAGAUAUUGACUGGGCAUUAUUGAAAGCGAAGAGCAUUCCUCCUCCCUUUAAACCACAUUUAACGUCAGAAACCGAUACAUCCAAUUUUGAUCCUGAAUUCACUUCAGAGUCGACCUCAGUAUUGAAGAAACAAUUGGAAUUAGCUUCCACUCCUUUAUCACCCGGAAUCCAAGCUAAUUUUAAAGGAUUCACCUAUGUCGAUGAUUCUACCAUGGAAGACCAUUUUGGAAAGUCACAUAGAAUGAAUGCUUUCAAGAGUCCUGGGUCCUUUAUCCCUGGUAAUCCUGAUUUACCUCCGGACGAAGACGCCAUAGACGAUGAUCAAUUUGAUGAAAACGAAGAAAUGGAAAUUGAUGAAGACCAUCACAUGGAUGAUGAAGAAUUUGUCAAUGGAAGGUUUGAUUUAUGA